AUGAAUAUUACAGGAGGCGGAGGUGGUGGAGGAGGAGGAAUUGAUCCAGGCGGAAAUGGUGGUAAUCUUACUACUAAUUUGUUUAUCAAGAAAAUCAAGACAAUUCAUACUAGUGAAGGAACAAAAAUAAAAAUUAAGUCUGGUAAUGGACGAACAUUAGAAGCACUUAAAUUAAUUAUUGACGGAGGAGGUGGCGGGGGUGGAGGUGGGGUAGGAAAAGGUGGAGAUGGAGGAAGUAUAUUUACAAACUUGACCAUCAACAAAUUAAAGACUGUUUUUAGAAAUGGAGCAAAUAAAACUACUGUUGAAGUUCAAAACCCUCUAAGUGGACUCAGUCUGAACAUUAAUGGCGGUGGCGGUGGUGGAGGCGGCGGACCAGGUCAAGGUGGCGAUGGUGGUGAUUUGGUUACAAAUAUUGUCAUAGGAAAAGCUAAAACAGUAACGAAAAAUGAAAAGAUGAACAUCUCAAUUAUUUAUGUCGUCCUGCUUUUGUUACUUGUCUUUGAUGACAAUUGUUCAGCAGGAAAAGUAGAAGACAAUCAAACCGUAGAAACUCGGGAAAAAGACACGGAAAAGAAAGUUAAAGGAAAGGUUCAACCAUUGGAAAGAGAUUUUGAAAAAGCUAUCAGUAAUGCUAAAGAAGUAAACCUUGCUGAUAUUAAUGGAAACUACAGUUUGAAUAUUACAGGAGGCGGGAAUGGUGGGAGCGGGAGAAUCACUCCAAGUGGAGAUGGUGGAAAUAUUACGACUAAUUUCGUUAUCAAGAAAAUAAGGACGAUUCAUACAAGUGAGGGAUCAAAAACACUAAUAAAAACAGGCGAUGGCCGUAAACUAACAUUACUUAAUUUAAUUAUUGACGGAGGAGGUGGCGGUGGUGGAGGUGGGAUUGGAAAAGGUGGUGAUGGAGGUGGUAUAAUUACAAACUUGUUAAUCAAGAAAAUUCAGACUGAGCAUAGAAAAGGGUCCAAGGCCAUUACUUCAGGAUCUGAAGGCCCUCUACAUGGAGUUAGUCUUAACAUUAAGGGUGGUGGUGGAGGUGGCGGUGGUGGACCAGGUCCAGGUGGCAAAGGUGGCAGCCUUGUUACAAAUGUUGUUAUAGGGAAACUACAGCAGAAAGAUUCGAGAAAUGGUUCUGCGAAAGGAGCAAAUCAGAAGGAAAAGAAAAUUGCAAAAGACGUGAAAAACAAACUAAAGAAAGCAGCGAAAAAUAAAAAGAAGGAAAAGAAAUUGAUCGAAAAAGAGGGUAAAGAGACUAAAGAAUAA